ACUAUAAAAUGGCUGGAGGUUCCAUUGGAGGCCCGGACUUGCGCCGGUACAUGGAAAAACGACUAGACGUACAUCUAACCGGAUCUAGGCACGUUGUAGGAGUUCUCAGAGGAUACGAUACAUUCAUGAACGUAGUACUGGACAACGCGCUACAAAUAGAAGGCGAUGAACAGACAAGAUUAGGAAUGGUAGUUAUACGUGGAAAUGCAAUCGUAUACUGGGAAUGUCUCGACAAAGUACAUACACGUUAAAACAAUGGUGCCUUCCAAGUAAUUAAUCGCAAAUCAAAGCAAAUAUCGCUUAGUAUGGUUACACAGGG